AUCAGCAUUAGGAAAAUCAAUAAUCGGAGGUAGUAAUUCUUCAUUAAUUAUUGCUUCAUCCAUUGCUUUAGUAUUUGUUUCUCGUAAUAAUUCAAUUACUGAUUCUUCUGUCAUAUCUAAUGCAAGAUAA